AUGGUAUGUAUAAAUUUCCGGACUAUCUCGACUGGGUGGAGGCUGCUACUAUUCCUUGUGCGGGGUGUUACUGCUUGGUCGGCAUUGAAAGGUAUUAGUAUUGGGCAGACUGUGUUGAUUCAAGGUAUGUGCUCCCAGGGUUGGGACUUGGUUCGACAUUAA